AUGUGGUCCCUCGCUCUAACAACGACCCUAAUUCUCACCCUCUCAACCGCAACCCCCCUCCCAUUCAGGAAAUUCAUCCACCACAAACACGACGAUGCAGCCCUGACCGAAGCCCAAAUAAUCGAUAUCGCUCCCACAUCUAAAACAUGCGACAACCCGCCCGCUGAAGGCGAAUGCGCCACGGCCGAACAAGCUGCCAAGUUCGCUUCCCAGUCUUUCGAUGACUACCAGGUCACUUCCAAGGCUGAACAAGCUGCCGUCAUCAGUAUCAUGGCAUUCGAAAGUGGUGAUUUCAAGUACAAUAAGAAUCACUUCCCCGGAACGCCGGGUCAGGGAACUCGUAAUAUGCAAUCACCGGCCUACAACAAGAAAUACGCCGAUUCGAUCUCCGCGCUGAAGGACCAGAUCCCGGCAGUUGAGAAUAGUCCUGCGGAUCUGUUGGAUUUGCUUCGCGAUAACGAGACGUAUGAUUUUGGUUCCGGGGCUUGGUUCCUUACUACGCAGUGCUCGAAGGAUGUGCGGACGGCUUUGCAGGCUGGUGAUGAGAAUGGGUGGCAGAGGUAUAUUAGUGAGUGUGUCGGCACUUCGGUUACGGAUGAUAGGAAGGCGUACUGGCAGCGGGCUGUCAAGACGCUUGGUGUGACGAGCUCGUGA